GCCGCCGCCAAUGCACCGCGAGGAGGUGGUUGCUGCGCCCCUGCCGGCGGCGGCGGCGGCUGGUGGGCCGACGAACUUCCGCUCAGGCGACUGGAUGUGCCCGAAGUGCAACUUCCACAACUACCGCUCCAAAGCCGUUUGCCCGCAGUGCUCGACACCGAUGCCUCCAGGCGGUAACCCGCCGCCACCGGUGGACACUCCAGGUGGCGGCGGUGGGGGUGAGCCAGAGAAGAAGCGGAAGUCCAA